AUGGACCAUGAGACUUUAAAGAACAAAGGAAACGAGAGUUUCAAAAAGAAUAACUAUUCGGAGGCCAUUGAUUAUUUCACAAAGGCUAUAAACUAUUCCGAAGGAAAGAUAGCAUCUUAUUUUGGAAAUAGGGCCGCUGCCUACCUGGCAAUGGGCACAAGACAAUCGUUGAAGAAGGCUAUAUCGGACUCGGAGAAGGCUGUUGGUGUUGAUAAUAAGUUUAUGAAGGGUUACCUUCGUGCUGCAAAGGCCAACGUUCAACUUGGUCAAAUUGACCAAGCACAAUCUUUUAUCGUCAAGGGACUGGCUGUUGACCCAAGAAACAAUGACCUAUUACAAGAGAAGACCAAUAUAGACACCUUGAAUCGUUUGAUUCAGGCGUUGUCACAAGACACUGGCCGUAAUCCCAAGCAAACAAUAUACCUAGUCGACCAAAUUCUUGCUCAGUGCAAGUUCAACCAACAGGCCAUCACCAAGAAGGCUGAAGCCUUGAUCAAUUCCAAAGAGCACACCAAGGCCAACAACUUCCUAACCUCAAUGCUUCAAGAUGAAUCUAAUGACGACAAAUUCAAGGCCCAGUUGUUCUACUUCAAGGGACUGUCACUGUAUUAUUCCAACAAUCUAUCAUCCGCCUCAUCAUCGCUCCAGAGUUCGCUCAAAUUGGACGCCUCAUCGACCAAGACCAAAGAACUGUUACAAAAGCUCAAGGACCUAGAGACCAAGAAGAAGGAGGGCAAUGAAGCAUUCAAGAGCAAGAACUACACCAAGGCACAUCAACUGUUUACUCAAGCUCUCCAGGUUGAUCCGACCUUUGACCAAAUGAAUGCUCAACUCUACAACAACCGUGCUGCUGCAUCCUUCCAGUUGGGCAAGAGGAACGACGCAAUCACCGAUUGCACAAAGGCCAUAGAGCUGGACCCCAAUUACACCAAGGCAUACAUCAAGAGAGGCCAAUGUUACAUGAAGGAGGAGCAGUACGAGGAGGCCAUGAGGGACUAUGACAGAGCCAACCAAUUGAGCCCCAAUGAUCCGGACAUCCAAAGCAACUUGCGCCAGGCCCGUAUCGAGUACAAGAAGGCUUCAAAGAAGGAUUAUUACAAGACUCUGGGCGUUGCCAAGGGCGCGUCGGACGCAGAUAUCAAGAAGGCCUACAGGAAGCUUGCUCUACAGUACCAUCCCGACAAGAAUUGCAACAUGUCCGAGCCAGAGAAGAUCAAAGCCGAGAAGAUGUUCAAGGAGGUUGGUGAAGCCUACAGUGUACUCUCCGACCCUACCAAAAAGCAACGAUACGACCUGGGCCAGGACGAGAAUGGCUUCCCAAUGGACACUGACGAAGGUUUCAGCAAUGGAGGAGGAUCAUUCAGCACUGGUGGAUUUGGAGGCGGAGGUUUUGGCGGCCAGAACCCAAUGGACAUCUUCAACAUGUUCAUGGGAAUGAAUGGAGGAGGCAUGAAGUUCAACAUGGGCGGUCCUGGUGUAAGGACUGCAUCUUACAGCAGCUCUUCUGGAGCUGGUGGUGGCUUCGGUCAGACACCAUUCGGCAAUGCAGGAGGCUUCCAACAUAUGGGCAACAUGGGCAACGCAGAACCAUUCGAGGCAAUGAACUUUGACAUGGGAGGUAGUCCAUUCGCAGGCUUCAACUUUGGCGGUAACAUGAGACAGCAACAACAGCAACAGCAACAGCCUGGACAUCCAGGUGGAUUUAGAUGGGGAUAA